CAACAUUAUUUGCAACUACAGAGGUAGUCUUUAUGAGGCGAUCACUCGAUGGUCCACGUGUCCUUCAUUCUACUUCCUGUUUUCCAUCGCAUCCCGGGUCUCAGUUCCUUUCGGGGUUCCAAUCAGAUAAAUCCAGGGUUCCUGAGAGGGUUGUUUCUCUCCAUCAUCUCUGCUCCUUUCCAUCCUUCGCAAGGUUGAGUAUUUUGACCGAAAAUUCAACAUGACAGGAACCUGUGAGAGGCCGUGACAAUAGAGUCCAGUCCAAAUCCAGAAACUGUGGAAGAUGUUUCCUGAUUGGCGUGAAUGUUUCCUUGAUGCCCACGCGGCGCACAAACCAUGGACAGCCGACAUCUAACGACUUCGGAUAGAACUUUUUUUGACAUGGCGACGGACAUGGCCGAGACAGAGAGAAAUCAACUGCUGCAAGAUUUUCAGGAAGCCAUCAAUCAGGUGACUCCUCAAGAGACACAGACUCUCCCAUCAGAGCAGAACAAUGAUCCUGAAAUUGUAGAAGAGAUAAUGGCAAUUCCUGAUUCAGGGCCUGAACCUGACAUGGUCCGGCCCAGUGUGAGCAAUUCUGCUGCACAAAGAACUAGGUUCUCCUUGAUCUCUGCCAGUCCUGAUCUUGUGGCAGUGGAUCCAAGGACUAAUGCAUGGGGUGAAACAGGUCAUCCUAUCACCUUCAGGGUGUCCUUCCAAAACCAGAUACAAGAUUUUUUAAUUGAGGAAGAUGAAUCUGUUGGCAUAUUCAAGACAAGGAUCUAUGCUCGGUUUGGAAUCCGACCCUGUAGUCAGGACUUGAGAUACAAAGGAAACCCGGCAGAAGUGUUUUUUGGAGGUGAUGUAAAUGAUGCAACUUCUUUGAAGAAUCUCAGUUUACCACCUUUCAACCACAUCAUUGUUCUUGAUCAUGCUGAAGGAUCUUCAAAUUCAGACAGCCAAAGUGAAAGAAUGGACACUUAUGAGGAGAGGCUGGGAAAGACUUUCAUGCUGACAAUCAGAGACCUGACCCAUGGGAAAGAUUAUGCACUAAAGUUUCCUGGCACCCAGACUGUCAGUGAAGUGAAGAAUAGCAUCUUUCAACUCACAGAUAUUCCUGCUCGACACCAGGAGUGGACAGGUUGGCCAUCCUCUGCUGAUGACUCUACAACAUUGGCAAGAGCAGGGAUAGACUUAACACAUGAAUUCACUCUGAAAGAAACCAUCAGAUCAUCUGGUUCCUCAUCAUCAUCCAGCAAUCGCAAGAAAUUGCCACCAGGCAAUCAUAAGCAUCCAAACGUGAUAGACAUAACAUCCAGUGAUGAAGACUCAGAUGAAGUGAUGGAAGUAGUAGAUUCCUUCUCCUUAGAGGAAGACAUUUUUGCACCAACGUCCAGUCAAACUUCUUCCAGAAAUCCUCUCAUUCCACCUGAUGCAGAUGAUGAGGAGGCAUCAGCCAUCACAUUUUCUGCAGAGUUCUCCAAUCGUUAUGGACCUUGUAUACCCAUGUGGUUUCAUGGGACCCUUGAUAAUGCCUUGAGAGAGGCCACAUCUCAGCCUGCCAAGGAUCGGAAGCCACUCGCCAUAUAUCUCCAUCAUGAUGGAAGCAUUUUGUCCAAUGUGUUUUGUUCUCAUGCUUUGUGCACAGAGUCGAUUGUGUCCUUUCUCUCUUCUCAUUUCAUCAUUUGGGGCUGGGACCUCACACAUGAAUCCAAUCGAGCCAAAUUCCUGAAGCAGUUGAACCAACAUGUGGGGAAUUUAUCAUCCACCAUGUUAUGGAGUAUGGAUGUUGAGAAAUUUCCUCUCCUUAUGGUUAUUGGCAAGAAUCGGGCUUCUCUAGAGGUUUCUGCUGUCAUACAUGGGAAUGUGAGUGUGGAUGAGUUGAUGACUCGUCUCAUUCAGGCUGUGGACAUGUUUCAUGAGCAACAAGCUAUUGAGGCAAAGGAAGAGUAUGAAAGGGAGGCACGGGAACAGGUGAAGCGGGAACAAGAUGAGGCCUAUCAUGAAUCACUUGCUGCUGACAGGGCCAAGGAGGAAGCAAGAAAGCAGGAAGAAGAGAAGAAGUUCAAGCAAGAACAGUUUGAAGCUCUAGAGCAGCAGAAGGCAAGAGAUUUCAAAGAAGCAGUGAGGCAGUCCUUGAUGGAUCAGCUGCCAGAGGAGCCAGGUGAAGGGUGCACAGAGAAAGUAGCUGCUCUGCGAUUCCGUGUCCCUCACCGGGAAGUCUUGUACAGGAGAUUUCUUGCCUCCAACUCUCUCAAGGACGUGCUCAAUUAUGUAACAGUCGAGGGAUACCCCCCUGAGGAAUACAAAGUACUCACCAGUUUCCCUCGGAGAGAUUUGAGCCAAGAGGAGACACACAAGAGCUUGGAGGAACUAAAACUAUGUCCCCAAGAAACACUGACUCUAGAGGAACGUUGAUGAUCAUGGCUUCCCUCUUUUUUUUUCUUCUUGUGUUGUUCCCAGUUCUGAUCAGGUUUCUAAGAAACAAUAUAUUUAUUCCAGAAAGUGCU